AUGACAUUUCUUUCUCAUGGGAAUCUUUUUCAACAAAGGGAAGAGUUAGAAAAUGCGGUUUUCUUGGCCCAUUCUCUAAAUCGAACUCUAAUUAUUCCUCCCAUUAUAUUGGGAUUAAAUAUUGGAUUCACUAAUUCCCAAGCAUUACGUCAAAAGUUAGAUACACUUCGCGUGGAUAAACACGAAUCAGAAUGCUUUAAUAAAAUCAAAAUUCCUGAACAAAAAGAAACGAAAUAUGAAAUCGAUCUGAAUUGUUUGAAUGGAUUUGAUUCUUACUCUUUAUUACGUUGGGAUUCCUUAUUCAACUUGAAUUUGAUUAAACAGAAAAUUCACAUAUCACACAGGAGAGAUUUUGAUCAGAUUAAACUUGAAAAAAUGUUAAACGUUACGAAUUCAAAACAAAAUGUCUGUGAAUUAACGAAAAUAUCAUUGGAUUCUAUUCGUUCGCGUAAAGAGAAACUGAUAUCCUUCGAUUGCUUAUCAGGCAAAGGGUUAAUCGAUAAAGGUUCAGCUCAAGAUCAAAUAUUUUGGGAUAAGAUAGAUGAAUCUCUCACACUAAAUAAUCCUGUUGUACUAGAUGCCUCCAAAAAGAUCGUUCAAAGGUUAGGAGGGAAAAGAAAUUAUGUUGGUGUACACGCGAGAUUUCAUUCUACAUCAUAUUCCAAAAAAUUUAUACAAAAAUCUUUUACAAGGUUAACGUUGACCUUAAAGAAUUACCUCAACGAGAUUCCUCAAGGGACAUCAAACGAUUUAUGUA